ACUUUUUAUUUAUAAAAUUAUUUUGCAUAUAUGAAAUUUAUUUUUUUCAAUAUUUUUGACAUUUCGCGGUAGUUACUUGUCAGUUUAUCUGCUUCAUAUUUAUCUGCAUUAUCUACAUCAGUCACACACUGGCAGCGAAAUGAGAAAAAGGCAUAAAAAAUGUCAUAGUUGUUAAAAAUUGCAAAAUUACAAACAAAAUAAUAAUAGCAGCAGUAGCAGCGGGCAAUAAAAGUGACUCAGACAUAAUAAACAAUAAUCAAAAAUAGUUAAUGCAAAAUUUAUUGUUAUAAUCUAAAGUAAAGCCAUGCAUUAAAACGAAUUACAAAUAAAUUGAACAAAAAAGUUUGGGAGCUGUUGGCGUGUUGGACUAAAUUUCGAAUAGAUUUUGACGUGUUUGCUCUGCGCUGUCGUCUAUUGUGCGCUUACUUUGCAGCUAAUUAAGCAAAAUUUAGUAUUAAAUUAUCGUGUUAAGUUUUUAACUUGUAUAUUUACAUAUAUCAUAUCAUAUCAUGAGCGUGAUGUCGUUGAACGAUAUAAAAGCAGAAUAUCCAUUGCAUUGGCAUGUCUGGAACAAUAAUGUGGAUGAGCUGAAGAGAACCUUAAAAAAUGAACAGAUUGAUAAGGAAAAAAUCGAUCCGAGGGGUCGCACACCGCUCAUGUUGGCCGUCAAAUUAUCACAUAUACAAUGCGUUAAGUGCCUUUUAGCUGCCAAAUGCAAUGCCACCUAUGAGUUUGAGGGUUGGUCAAUUGUACAAGAGGCCGUGUGUUCGGGCGAUGAAGAAAUAUUAACAGCCAUCCUAGAGGUGAGAGAUUUGCAAAGGCAUGUACAACGUGUGACGCAUGUACCAAAAUUGCUGCAAUAUUUAUUGGAUGCUCCCGAUUUUUAUAUUGAAAUGAAAUGGGAGUUCACUUCAUGGGUGCCAUUAAUGACUAGAUAUUGUCCUAGUGAUACAUAUAAAGUAUAUAAGCGUGGUGCUAACGUACGCAUUGAUACAACUUUAUUAGGUUUCGAUAGCAAUCAAUGGCAACGGGGGAAUCGGUCAUACAUUUUCAAAGGCUCAAAGGACACUGCAACUAUGAUCGAAAUUGAUCAUGAAACAAGCGAAGUUAUGAUAGAAGAAAUGAAUAAUGAAAUUGGUGACAUAAUAGGCAUACCACCUCCAAUAGGCGCUGUAAGAGCAAGGCUUAAUGCGCCCGUCAUCACAAAUAACAUCGAAAUGGCAAGAAUCAGUUUCGAACGAAAUAAAUCCGGUAUUUGGGGUUGGCGAAGUGAAAAGUCUGAACAUAUCAGUGGUUAUAAUUGCAAGGUUUACGGUGCUAGUAAUGUAGAAUUUGUCACAAAAACGCGUAUGGAUCAUCUCAGCGAGGAACAAAUAAGGAUUAAACAAGCGCGUACGCCACUUCACAGUUUUCUUGGUAUUGCUGAUGAUGAAUAUGUGCCGAAUACUGAAACAGUUAGAACGCCGACACCACAAAUGAUAGAAAAUAAUGAGCAUCAAGUCGAAGAAGAAGACUCCGCGAGUAAUAGUUCCGGUAGCGCGGCUUCCAGACAUGACAUUACGCCUGAAGAAUAUUUUUCAGAAAUUGAUUUAGGUGGACGUGAUAUUGGAAGACCAAAAAAAGUGACUACGAAGGUGCAACGCUUCAAGGCGAAUCUUUGGCUAUCUGAAGACUAUCCGAUACGUUUACAAGAGCAAGUGCUUCCUAUAUUGGAUUUAAUGUCUGCAAUGGCUAGUCCACAUGUUUCCAAAUUAAAAGACUUUAUUACAAUGCAACUGCCAUCGGGUUUUCCAGUUAAAGUUGAAAUACCACUCUUCCAUGUUUUAAAUGCAUGCAUUACUUUCGGUAAUGUAUUUGCGCUAACGACACCUGUUGAUAAUGUUACAACGAUUAAUGAAGAUGAUCGCAUUACAUGCAUUGUUGAUGAUCGCUGUUUUGAUAUACCAAGUCACUACACAAAUCGAGAUGCCGAUACACGACGUCAAUUACCGCUUGAAGAAGAUGAUAUGUUGCAAUAUGCCAUCGAAAAAAGUUUGGUAGAGACAAGUGGAGGUGCAUGUGGUAUAGCGGAGGGUUCCGAAACAGAAAGAGUUGAUAUAUGGGAAGCUUUACGUGGGCAAGCAGUUGGUGCUGAUUCAAAUGUACUAACAGAAGAAGAUGAACAAAUGCAGAGAGUGCUGCAAGAAUCAUUAUGUGGUGCUCGCGUCACUUCAUCACCAACAUCAGACGAUGAUGAUGGCGGCUUUCGGUUCAUGGAUCCGGAUUUAGCGAUGGCUUUGCGUCUCAGUCGUCAAGAUCAACAGCAAUACGAGUUAGACCGUAAACGUGAGGAGGAAAUGCUGGAACAAGUUUUAAAGUUAAGCCUGCAAGAGCAUUAGAUUUCGUUGCUGUGUAAAUACUUUUUAGACGGACUACGGCAGAGAGCGGUGAAUUUACCAAAAAAAAAAAAUCCUGAUAAAAUUGUCCUACAUAAAUACUAAUGCCAAAUUUUAGGUUGAACGUUGCUUAUACAUAAUUCACAAAAAAUAGUUAUAUUUUUAUUUAAUUUGUUUCUUAAUAUUUUUAUUUAUAAAUAAUUCAAGUUAUAUACAUACAUAUAUAUAUUUAUAUUAUAUUUGAAACAAUCGCGUCCUUAAAGCAUUGGGUACUGUGCGCAUUAUUUAAAUAAACUUAAAACUAAUAAA